AUGAGGCAGAAAAAGAAAUCAAAAGGCGUGUGUUGUUGGUCUAUGCUAGCGUUGGUUGUGUUGGCAAUUGUAGCUGUAAUUUUACUGGUUGUGAUGGUCAAAACAGAUGAAGGGUCUGGCUCUCCAGGCGCCCCCGUAAAGAAAUACGCUGAUGCUCUUAAACUUGCAAUGCAGUUUUUCGACGUACAGAAAUCUGGGAAGUUGGAGAAGAAUCAGAUAGAUUGGAGAGGGGACUCGGGAUUGAAAGAUGGAAGUGAAGCAAAACUUGAUCUUUCAAAGGGAAUGUAUGAUGCCGGCGACCAUAUGAAGUUCGGAUUUCCGAUGGCUUUCACUGCCACCGUGCUGUCAUGGGCCAUUCUCGAGUAUGGGGAUCAAAUGCAGGUUGUUGAUCAGUUAGAACCUGCUCGCAGCUCGCUGAAGUGGAUUACCGACUACCUCAUAAAUGCUCAUCCUUCAGAGAACGUCUUGUAUAUUCAGGUAGGUAAUCCUAAACUAGACCAUAGUUGUUGGAACAGACCAGAGGACAUGACGGAGAAAAGGCCUCUUAGACAAGUCAAUACCUCUGCUCCAGGAACUGAGGUUGCUGCAGAAACAGCAGCAGCUCUGGCAUCAGCAUCUCUCGUCUUCAAGUCUGUCGAUUCUACAUAUGCAAGUUCACUUCUCAAGCAUGCCAAGCAAUUGUUUGCGUUUGCUGAUAAAUACAGAAAAUCUUAUAGCAUCAGCAUUCCUGAAGUCCAAAGUUUCUACAAUUCUACCGGCUAUGGGGACGAGCUCUUGUGGGCAGCUGGCUGGCUGUAUCAUGCAACAGGGGAGAAUUCGUAUUUUCAGUUUGCAACGGGAAAAACAGCCGAAACCUUUGGUAAUUGGGGAAACCCCACAUGGUUUAGCUGGGAUAACAAGCUAGCUGGAGCUCAGGUGCUGCUGUCAAGAGUAAGCUUCUUUGGGUCGAAAGAUGUCUCAAACAAUGAUGUUCUUGGAAAAUAUAGGGAGACAGCAGAAGCUGUCAUGUGUGGUUUCUUACCAAAAUCUCCGACUGCCACUGAGAGUAGAACUGAGAAUGGUUUAAUAUGGGUAAGCGAAUGGAACGCUUUGCAGCAAUCAGUAUCAUCAGCCUUUUUAGCUGUCGUUUAUAGCGAUUACAUGCUUACUUCUCGAACUGCACAUAUAUCGUGUAGUGGAAGCACUUUUAAGCCCUCAGAUCUCCGAGAUUUUGCAAUCACACAGGCAAACUAUGUGUUAGGUGACAACCCUAUGCAGUUGAGUUAUAUUGUGGGCUAUGGCGAUAACUACCCACAACAAGUCCAUCACAGAGGAGCAUCUAUUCCAGCUGACGAAAACCCUUCAUGUAAAGAUGGUUUCAAGUGGCUUGAGGCGGAUACACCUAAUCCCAAUAUAGCAACCGGAGCACUUGUAGGCGGACCAUUCCUUAAUGAAACGUACAUAGAUGUUAGAAACAACUCGAUGCAAGGCGAGCCAAGCACGUAUAAUAGUGCACUCCUCGUUGGGCUUCUUUCUGGUCUAGUGACCACGUCGUCUGUCGUGCAAUCAUUCGCAUAAGGUUCCGUUUCGAAUCACAUGUUAACCGAUGGUGCGUAUAGGCCUCAAGUAUGUAUUGUGGCAGUAUUGUGCUGAUAUAUCCAAACCAAGUGCGGCCAUAAUAUAAUUUUUGC